AUGGAUGUAGAGGUGAUUUCUGAUUCUGUACAACAAGUUUCCUUGAAACUGGUUUUCCUAGAUCUGAAUAAAACCUUAGUCAUCACACUAAUUUAUGCAAAGUGUGAUGAAAGGGAAAGAUUACAGUUAUGGGAGGACAUAUAUGAUGUAGCAGGUUCCACUAAUUCUCCAUGGUUAGUUGGAGGGGACUUCAAUGUUGUGUUGCAUGAAGAUGAGAAAAUAGGUGGGAUUCCUGUUCAGCCUCAAGACUAUGAAGACUUUGCCUUUUGUGUGAAUUCUUGUGAACUAUUGGAAACUGGUUUUAAAGGGAGUCAUUUUACUUGGUGGAAUGGUAGAGGAGAGCAUUUGGCAAGAACUGGCUCUGACCAUGCUCCUCUACUAAUCUCUUUGAAGGAGCAGGAAUGGUUCUCCAACAGGCUCAUGCUGAACUCAAAAAGUAUUUACACUUUGAGGAGGAAUUCUGGAGGCAAAAAGGCAAAUGUAACAUGGUUUGCAGAAGAUGACAGAAAUAGUAGAUUCUUUCAUAAUCUUGUAAAUGGUAGGAGAAAGAGAUUACUAGUAAAAAGAAUUCAGAAUGCUAAUAGUGAUUGGUUAGAAGAAGCUUCAGACAUGGCUAGGGAAGCAGAAAGUUUCUUUAAAAAAAUUCUCACGGGAGGAGGAAUCUCCGAUUUUAGUUUACCGAAUCACAUUCAGCUAUGUGCUUGUGGUCCUGAUGGUUUUUCUGGGGCUUUCUUCCAAAUCUGUUGGAAUAUAGUAGGGGUUGAUGUGUUCAAUAUUGUUAAAGCCUUUUGUGAAGGUUUUACUCUUCCAAAGUCAGUUACACAUACUAAUGGUGUCGCCGCCUAA